CUGUUCUGCUUACAAUAUAGAUCAACAAAAACGUUAUCAAAGUAUUCACAAGGGGAUCAAACCUUAUCUAGACAAAGGUCUUACCAAGGUGCCACCGCAGACAAGUUGUUUUCUCUUGUUAUAACGUUGCUCUCUGUCCCUGUGCUCUUUGAGCUGACAGGUUAAAAUUAGCCAAGCAGCACCAAACAGCUUCAGCAGGAGACGUAACUCCCCCCCCAGUUUCUCCCUCCGCUGCAGUGGAUUCAAGCUACAGCCACCAAACUCCUUCAAUCUGGGGACAGAUAAGAAACUGGUGCCAGAGGAUCUGAAGCAUGAGUCAUCGUUCUCGGGCCUCCAGGUUGCGACAGCAUGUCCACUGUGAUUCCUGCUACAGUCGGCGCUGCAGGGCCCAGGUGGAAGUCUCUGUGUGCUGUGCGGUCAUCCCCUGCCGCCUGCACUGUGGCGCUCUUUUCCACCUGUGCAAAGAGGAGGAUCACAUGCUGCUCUGCCCUAACGUGAGGGUGCCCUGCCUCAACGCUGAGUACGGCUGUCCAGUCCACCUGCCUCGGUCCUCCCGGGCAGCUCACCUUCAGGUGUGUCCGGCCAGCGUGGUGUGCUGCUCCAUGGAGUGGAACCGCUGGCCAGCCAACGACGGCCUUUCUAAUCCGAAUACAACACUGCAUGAAAACCUGUUUUUGGAAAGAGAGGAAGGAGGAUGUCUGGAUCUGGCCAUGGCCCUGAAAGAUCAGGACCGCCUGUUUCACUCCAUAAAGAUGAAGAAACUGUUCCCGGAGCUGGUCCAGAGUGUGGAGGAGGAGGAGAAAGAGGAAGAGAGGAAAGAGAAAGAGAGGAUGAAGGAGAAGCAAAGGCAGAAAAAGGCCACCAUGGAGAAGGAGGCAGCAGAAAGGGCAGCUGCAAAGGAAGCCAGUGGUCAAGCCUGGGAGCCUUUUAACAUGUUUGACGUCAACACCCCUGAUAAAAAAGACAAUGAGGAUGAAGAUGAGGUUGAGGUUGAGCUAACCCUGGAGGAGAGAGAGGCUAUUGCCAGGGGCUCAGGAGUGAAUGCUGAUUUGUUGGAAAACUAUACCGCUUGGGAGCACAUGUUCAGUAUGGAGAUGGGUGGCUGCAGGGUAGCUGAAGGGGCAGCUGUGGCCAACAAAGGCAAGGAACUGGCUAAAGGGAGAGGAAAAGGCCUGGACACUCUCACAGAGGAAGAUAUAGCAGAUACCUACAUAGGGGCCACAGCAUCAAACACCCACAAGAAGGUGAGCAGUGCAUACAAUGCUUUCACAUCCUCCUCUUCCUGUCUCGCUGGAAAUCUGAAGAAGAAAUUUGUGUACGGUCAUCUGGAGCCAAUGAAGAUUAUCACUGUGCGUACCUUUAAAAUCCCAACCAGCUUCUCUGCCAAGCAGAGCCGUAUCCGCAACCCUGGUUUCUACAAAAGGGAGAGUCAAGCUGUGGAUACAAGUGACCUGGGGGUGGCGCUAGAGGAGAUGCCAGUGUGGGAGGAAGUUCAGGCCUGUCUGCUGUGCUCCCUGGAGAAGGAGCUAAGGGGUCACCUCAUUGCAGAGAGCGUAUGCACAGAUGGUCUGUUACAAGAUGAAGGCACACAGACCUACAACUUCCUGUCUGCUCCUUUCCGGAGAAACACGUCGCUGGCUGACCUGACCACUGCAAAACCGCUGGAGCUGCACCUUCAGCUGCAGUUGGAGAGCGUCACCAAUAGACACCACAAGGCCAGUUCCGCCUUCACCUUCCUCUGUGGACACACCUUCCAGCGCAGAGAAUAUGGCAAACAUUAUAAGAACAUCCACAGUGACAUCCAGAUGAGUUUGAGCGGAUGGUUCGAGCAGAGAUGCCCCCUGGCAUACUUGGGAUGCACCUACAGCCAGAGGAGGUUGCAGCCCUCUACACAUGAAGCUACUGUCAGCUACAAUGAGGAUCUGGGCUGCUUUAGCCUGCGUCCCACCAUCCCGGUCUCUCUGGAUGUCGCCUCACAGCCGUCCAGGAGCACAGUCAACUCUUCCACCACUCACAGAAAGCAAGGUAGUCGGGCAGGAGGAGGGGAGGACUCUUUGAGCUCGCUCCCCUACGAGGUGCUGUGCCACAUGGCCAGUUUCCUGGACAGUCUGUCCCUGUCCCAGCUGGCUCUGGUGUCCCGGCUCAUGAGACAGGUGUGCUCCUCUCUGCUGCAGGAGAGAGGGAUGGUCACCCUCCGCUGGGAGAGGAAGACCUACUCACAUGGGGGAGCCAAGUGGAGGGUGAAUCAGAGGGUAUGGCAGUUCAGCACCUUGUUCUCUCCUGUGGACACUUGGUGCUUCCAAGACGUGCCGUCCAUGUCUGAGCACCUAAAGGUGUGUCCAUGCUAUGAGACAGAGUCCAGGACAGAGAAGAUACACCUGCCGCGUAUCAGGGAAGAAGUCCAAACCAAAACAAGCUGCAAAGGCCCCACGCUGGUUAACUUGUUCCAGCAGAAGAGGAUCAUGAUGUAAUAUAAAGCACUGACUUGCUAGUGUACGCUGCUCUAAUCUGUUAUUAUCAUACAUGUAGCCUCAUGUUGUCCCCUCUUUUUCUUCCUGGUAUUCAUAGUCAAGUAAAAAUAAAGAAAAUCACACACAUCUAAAUCUAACUUUAUUAACAAAAAAUGUCAGAAUAGCAUUCAAGGUAAUUAUGUGCGAACGUAAAUAAAGGUAAUCAGGAUGUCUGAUGUUUUGAUUCAGGUGUUUCUAUUGCAAUGACAAAUGUGUGGUUGUAAAACGAAAACAUUCACACUGUUGUGUUUUUAAUCAGGAGCCAUUUUGCUUCACAGACAACUCUUCUAAUAACUUGUACAGUGCAUCUAUACACAUGAAAUGCAGUAACAAUUUGUCAUUGUAAACACUGAAAAUACAUUUUUGGAAAAACACAACAUGAAUACCUUAGUGGUUGCAUAUAAUGAUGUCCCUUCAACAAAAAGCUUAUCAUUUCUUGAAACAGUUAAGUUAUGAAAUUUAAUUAAAGGAUCUGUGAAAACAACUGAUAAUGAUAAUUGAUAAAAUGAUAAACUUAAUGCCCGCAAAAGAUUUCUGCUAAUGUUUUCUUAAUCUUUUCUCUUGAUUAUAAUGACAAACAUUAGAAGCUACUAUCAAACACUGUAAGUUAUUGAGGUCCUCAGGUCCUCAAACCCCUGUUCACCCACAUCAUGAAGGAGAAAACUAAAUCGAAAGUCAUUUUUGACCAGGAGAAACAGCACUGGCUCCCUCUUGUGGUUCUUGCUGGUGUUGUGUGUGUAGGUGAGCAUGUCUGCUCUGAGCUUAAAACAGUUCAUGGUGGUGAUGAGACUCAGGUCUACAGUCAUCAGGAUGUACGAGAAUGCUUUUGAAUGAACUGCAUAAUGAAAGUAUUAAAGUGUAGUAUCCAAUACAAUGGGGGUUUUUUUUGCAAAUCUUGAGUUAUUAUUUUUGUACAUUGCACAUAUUCUUCAUACUGUGAACAAUUGCACAUUCUUUGCAAUGACCAGAAUGUUUACCUCAAAUCCAUAAUCAGAUUUUACCCGAGAACCUGGCGCCUUGAGGUCAUUUCAAAUCCCAUGUGCUCCUGUGCUCAUGGUACAAUUCAGCUGAGAGAGCAUCAUCUGAAAUACACUCAGAGGAAAGAGAAUGAAAAACAAGCUGCUGAAGUCUCUCUAACAUUCAGUGAUCUGUAAACAACCCCUGCCCUCUUACACAUCCCUUCACUCAUAUGAAGUGAUAAACUGAUCACUGACAAUGGGUGACUCUGUGACAUAUCAUUAGGUCAUGAUUUCCUACCUGGCCAAAAGAAAAGUUCAACGCACACACUGUUUUAUUCCCUGUUUGCUUCACCCAACAAGCUUGACAUUAUGAUGAUAAGAAGAAGCAGGUGUCCAGUUCUAAACAUUGGCUAUAACCCAAGGCAACUAUGGGUUCAUAUUCAGGUUUAGCCACAGGUGAUAACAAGCAGAAAGUGAAGCAAUGUGAUGGUUAGACAACACUAAUUAAUGUAAAAAGGAAAAAAUAUCAGUGUUCUUCAUUGGAAACUCUUAUAUUGCAUACUUAAUUUUAAUACCUUUAAAAUGUUUGCAUGUUUAGCUCACCUGCAGUGCAACAAAAAUGCCCUCUGGGUAAGAAAUCGCGAUUAAUUGGAAUUCAUUGUUUUUCCUAUCAGCCUAGACAUUACUAUGUAUUUAAAUUUGACAUAUGAGUUGCUUUAAAGAAAAUUAGAAUAGAUUAAAGGACAUAUGAAAUAAAGAAUUAUCUUAACCUCAUAAAGUAACACACUAAUGGUACAUCUACUCAAGUUAGUAAGUAACUUUAAAUCUGUAGGCUACUACCCCUCAAGAGCAUAGACGUCACAAAGUGCUUCACAAUUGAAAUAAGGCAGCCACCAGAAAGAAAACACCAUAGAUUAGACGAGAAUGGAAAUGUUUCAUAAGCUACCUGGCAGAAGACAUAGAUAAAUUACCCUUCCAUUACAAUGACAAUGAGGUUUGAUUGUAUUCAUGUUGUGUAGAUUGUUGGAUUAGUUGUCAUUUAUUUACCCUUGUGGUAUUUCGUCUACCAUUGUUGGUAGUUGUUCGUCACUAUGUACUUUUGUGGUAUUCCAUCUACCAUUGUUGGUAUUUGAUUAUCAUUGUUAUGUACCCUUAUGGUAUUUCGUCUACCAUUGUUGGUAUUUGAUAAGCAUUGUUACCUGUGGAAAUAUUUGUAUAUUAUUAGUAUGUAUGGUAUGAAUGUGUGGUUUUGACUUGUGCAUCCACUGUUUCUAAAUGAGGUAUUAUUAUUAUUAUUAUUAUUAUUUUUUUAAUUAUUAAUAUUUUUUCUUUGAGAUUAUUGAUGAAGGAAGCAGCUAUUUUUUGUAUGUAUAAAUUCUUUGAUAGACUGGGGUGGGGUUUAAUAAGUUUUACUUCUUCCCACUCCAUUUCAAGCAUAAGUGUAUAAGUUAUUAUUAUUGUGUAUCUUUUCUGUUGUCACACUAUUUUGC